UAUGUAUUUUCUAUUUCAUAUACACUAAUAAGUCUAAAUUAUGUUACAGGCACAAGCUCUUGGACGGGCCGUCCAUGUUGACGAGGUCUUUGCACAGACCCAUGUUCGGAAGGGCANUAAUGAAUUCGUUGAUGAAAGAUCUCGCAAGACUCAUGAAGAAUUUUCUACGAGACUUUCACAAGUUAGAUCCGAACAUGGGUCAGCUCCUACACCGGAUGAUGCGAGUAAUGCAGAUGACGACAUCCGUAGGACACAAUGUUGGGUCGAUGUCGUUGGUGGGAAGAAAAAGGGACGAGUCUAUGGUGCAGGACAACUUGCUGCAAACUAUACAGCAUCGAGAGGAGGUACACCGAAGCACCAACCUUCUUCUUCUUCCACCCCUUCUGCUGACGAGGCCAUCCAUCGCUUGACACAGCUAUUAGAGCAACGUGACCAGGAAAACCGUGCUUUGAGAGAAGAAUACACUCACUUGAGAGAUGAGUUUUCAAGCUUCAAGUCCCUGGUCAUGAGAGUGUUGCCUCAAACUUCAGAGCCUCCUUCCACUGUCCCUCCGACCCAGCCACUACCCUCCCCGUCACCCGCCGUCCCUCAUCAGUACUUGUGGUUGGACAAGAAAAACAAAUACAACUCAAAUUUUCCCUGCACCUAA